AUGCCGUCCACCAAAGGAAAGCCCACGAACACCAAGCUGCACGAUGAGAUCACGGAGAAGAUCAAGAACGAGACCAACAAGGAUGGAUCGGGCGCAGGACAGAUGGCCGCUUGGAAGGCAUCCAAAAUAGCCAAGGAGUACGAGGCCCAGGGCGGAGAGUACGAGAACGAGGCCGGAUCAAAGAACGAGCCCAAGACUGGCGCGCCGGAGCACAAGUCGGACGACAAGAAGGCCGCCGAGGAGAAGGCGGACGACGGGGAGGAGGCCGGCGGUCGCAAGCCUUCCAGCCGGGCUGCCAAGGCCGCGUCGGACAAGAAGGAGAAGGAGGAGGCGGCGGCGGCUGCCAAGGAGAAGGCGGACAAGGAGAAGGCCGACAAGAAGCCCGCGUCCAAGAAGCCGGCGAGCAAGAAGGCGGAUGAUAAGCCCGCGGCGGAGAGCAAGAAGCCUGCGUCCAAGAAGGCGGAUAAGGAGGAGACCAAGAAGCCGGCAUCCAAGAAGGCGGCGGACAAGGAUAAGGAGGAGACCAAGAAGCCCGCCUCGAGCGCUGCUGCCAAGAAGACGGCCGCUUCCAAGAAGAAGGAGGAGGAUAUCGCGGAGGAUGAGGAGGAUGGAGAGGAGGCGGAGAAGGAGACCAAGACCAAGAAGCCGGCGAACAAGAAGGCCGAGUCGGCUGCGAAGCCCGCUAGCAAGGCUAAGCCGGCUAGCAAGAAGGAGGAGGCGAGCAAGAAGCCCGAGAGUAAGAGCGCGGCGAGCAAGAAGAGGGAGGCGGCCGCCGAGGGAGACGAGGAGGCGUCCAAGAAGAAGAAGACCAAGUAG